CCUCGUCAAGACAACUUGUCCAUAUCCACGUCUACUCACAAUGGCGUCUCAGGCGGGCCCCUCGUCAUCACUGCAGACGCCCGACAAAAUUGGACCCCUCUUCUUCUGCUCCUCUUGUGGAAGCCUCCUCGAUGUGCCAAAGGACGAGGAUGUCAUUGCCUGCGUCCCCUGCGGUGCUCACCUCGAUGCUUCAGUUUACGACAAUCUCAGCCUCGUCACACGCUCAAAUCCCUCUGCUUUCCCCUCGGCCCUCCGGACCAAGCGCCAGCUCGUAUCGACGGUAUCUUCACGCAACGACGGCGGUGAUGGAGCACGAGCAGAUGAGGCUACCAUCAGGGAAAAGUGCCCAAAGUGUGGCAACGAAGAGAUGAGAUUCAGUACCCUCCAGAUGAGGAGCGCUGAUGAGGGUACCACCGUCUUCUACACUUGCCCAAAUUGCGGCUACAAGUUCAGCCAGAAUAACUAGCCCACACCCUGCUUCGCUGUCGUCGUCAUGGAUUCGUCAUUGUAUAAUUACACACAGAUAUCAACUCAUCUCUCCGUCGCUUCUCAUGAUGCUGUCGCUGCUGCCGCUGCUGCCGCUGCCGCCUUAGCAGCUCGGGCUCGCUUCUUAUCCUCUCUCCUCGCUGACUUCUUGAGAUCCCUUUCGACAUCGGAAGCCUUCGAAGACUUGGUCUUCUUGCUGCUCUUUCGCUUUGUCUUCUUGUCCCCAUUGGACUUGUGCGCCUUCUUGAUUCCCUUUGCCUCUGAUGCCUUGCCAGCUAACGCUGCUGCUGCCGCCGCCGCCGCCUUUGCAGCUCUACGCUCCUCUCUUCUGCGCCGUCUCUCCUCUUUGUCCUCACUCUUUCGCUUCUUCGACUUCAGUACCUCCUCGUCUCCCUUUUCAGCCGCUUUGGCUGCAGCCUUUUUGCGCUUCCUCUCCUCCUUGCUCUCCUUUGAUGACUUGGGUUC